CACUUACCAUGGGAAAAGAGUAUUAGAACAAUGAAAUUGCUGCUAAUCUGUAGUAUUGUGGUCCUGUUCUGCGCAUUAACCCCAUCUGCUGUACCCACGGAUAAGAUUGAGGUGGAGAGGAAUUGCAAAGCAUCAGUUGAAAAGAUAGUUGAAUGGAUGUUGAUCUCGAAUGCCUCGCAUCCCGACAAAUGGGUUUAUCAAUUGUCCAAAAGUCCCAACUGUGCUAAGUGUGACUUGAUGAUAAAUGAGACAAAGUCCAUUAAGCGGUGGCCCGAGAACUGUAAUACCUGCAUUGAGCCGCAUAAGAAAACUGUGGAAAAGUGGAAGAGCUGUAAUCAGUGCAGAAAAUUGAAUACUUUCUGCGACACUUGCAAGAAACACUUCUUCACCUCCAUAAAGCAACUCAAAACGCAGUUGGACAAAAUUCACUUAAAAGCUUCUAGUUUACCGACAGAUUUUUUAAAGCGUUUUUCAAAGGGGCCUAGAUUGCUCAAAAGGACGUACCUCACUGUCUCAAAAAUGCGAACUGAGUACUUUGUUGUGGUGUGUGCUCUCUUUGUUGCUUGCGCAAUUGCCAAACCUGAGACCAAACUUCAGGUGAGCAAGAGUUGUAAGUCUUCUGCACUGAGCCUACUAAACUGGCUUGUCGCAGAAACUAUAACAGGCAAGGAUGCUUGGGUUCUUCAAAUGUACAACCACCUCAACUGCUCCAAGUGCCCUCUGUUUGCUGAUAAAAAAUUGGAAAAGUGGCCAUCCAACUUCAAAGCUUGCACCAGCUUGUACUGGGAUAACAUUAAGCAUUGGAAGAGCUGCAAAUCUUGUGAAAAUAUGAAUUGGUACUGCAACACUUGCAGAAAACACUUCACCGAUGCGAUGAAGGAGCAUAAGAAGAAGAUAGACAAGAUUGUGGAAAAAUAUAUUAAUAAAAUACAAUUUGUGUAA